AAUAAGAAUUGAGUCCUCUUUCAACCAAGUAUCGCAAUUUAUUAUGUUAAUGAUUAUAUAAAUUCAUAGUAUAUAUUUUAUAUUUUACAAUAGUAAUAUAGAUAAGCUAACGCGUUCAAAUUUGACUUAGUGAAAUCUUAGAUUCCAUUAUGAAAAAUAUUUCCGUAAUGUAGAGUACUAUUCUAGUUCAAAAUCUUCGCGCUACCAAUAAUUAGCAAUGAUCAGCGCCAACUUCACAACUGACAACCGACUCGAUCCACCGCCACUAGCCAGUUCACGUAGUAAGGAAAAAAGCGCUGUUGGCGUGACUGCAUUCUGGAAGCGAGACAGAGAAAGAAAAAAGAAAAGCGAUACCUAUAGCGUGGCUAGAGCAACAACGCGGCCCGGGAAGAAAAUUUUCGCGCGUGCCAUCCCCUUUGGAGAUACUGUACAAUACAAAGCAUGCGUCAAACUUAACCUCGUCGUCUGCCCUCCUCGUCAUUGCACGACUGUGUGUGCAGAACAGAGUAAAUAAUGGCUAAGACAAGUGUCAGCGGCGAUCUGCUGCAGCAAGCCUUUCAGCAGGUGAUCGACGAGGACGAGUCACCGCCUGACCUUAUGAACAUCCUUGGUAAUUCCGACGACGAUAACCAAGUGAUACAACUCAGUGCCGAACAGGCAGCAGCACUUGGUAUCACAUUUAAAAUCGUCGACGAGCCUCAGGAAGUAGAGCAGCAGCAAAGUCUCGUUGAAAAUGAUUCUCAGAGGAUCAUCUCCGAGCUCACACAGAGCGGACUAUUUAGGCCUAGCAAUGAGGAUGGAGUUGACUUUGAGUGGACUGUACAGGAGACUGAACCACAAGAUAUUUAUCAAGAUGAAACGAUUAAUGCUAAUAAUGUAUCAGUCAAUGAUAACCUAAAUCAAUGUCAGAAUAAUACAACUUCUCAAGAUCUGAAUAAUAUUCAAGCUCAGAUUCAAUCCAAUGAACAGAAUAAUUUUGGGCAACAAGAUUUUAUAAGAACUACCAUAUCACAAUGUAACGGAAACGAUUUACAAAAUACAGUUCAAUUGAAUAUACCUCAAAGCACUUUGCAGACAAAUGUUUCAGAAACUCAAGCACAGAUUUUACAAAGGUAUCCUAUUAUUCUUCCUUCAUCCCAGUUGAUUUUCAAACCAGCACAGACAGUUCUUACUCCGGUUAAAAGUAUUAGGAUAUUAUCAAAUAAUAGCUCUAAGACACAGACAUCACAGAAUUCAUUAUUAUUACCGAAAACUAAUGUAAUAAAUACCAUAUCACCACAAAUAAUUAAGGCUAUGCCAGUUGGAACACAUUUCAUGAGCACAGCAAAUAACAUAUCAAUGCAAAUGUUGAAUACAUCUAGAAUAAUCCCCAAAACAUGUGAUAGUAGUAAUAGUAAUAAGUUAAUCAAUGAGCCACACAAUACAAUAAACAUUGGUAAUAUAUCUACAUUAGGUCACAAUAUGAUUCGUCAGUCUUCUGUACAAAAGUCUGUCCCAGCACAAAUACAACAAAAGACCAAUCUCCAGCAGUAUUUUGGCCCUAUUUUGAAAACAAAUUGUAAUAUUGUUGCAUCCAAAAAUACUUUGCUUCACAGUAAUACAAUUAAACAUACUGUUUCAAAUCCACUAUUGAAGUCUAUUCAAUGUCCAGCACAGUCAUUCAAAACUACAAAUGUAAAAAGUCCAUUAAUAGCAAAGAAUUCAAACACUCCAAUUAUAUUCAGAACAACACCAGUUAUGAAGCAUGAUAAUGCUAGGUUAAUAACUGAAUCAAGCUCAACUACUAAAUUGCAGACUGUUUCAAGCCCUGUGUCACUUUUGAAGCCACAAACCAAAGUUGCAAAUAAUAGUUUGACUACACAGAAUAUUGUAAAUGUAUUACAAUCUACACAGAAAACUCCACUAGUAAAGCUAGUACAAUCUUCUGAAGGAUUGAAACCGCUAGUUACUGCAAAACUGAAACAAAAUGUCAAUUCUCUUAUGAAAGCAAUGAAAAAGAAGCCUAUUUCUCAAAAUCCUAUUAGCUUAAAAUCAGAUGCACCUGAUCCAAGCAAGCCUUUAGGUUCUAGUGAAAAUCCCAUCCAAAUAGUGCAACAAGGGAAUUCAUAUCACAGUAUGCAGCGUUUAUCACAAGCUCAACUGAAACACAUAGCUCAACUGCUGCAGCAACGCAAAGAAGAGACAAACAGUAGUAACGAAAAAGUUGUGUAUCGACUGGUAUUUCCUGACGAUAUUGACUCGAAAAUGAAAAAUUCAAAUUCGUUACUCAAAAAUAAAGCUGGGAAACGCGGUAGGCCUAAGAAAAGUGCAAUAAAAACCUCUAUUUCCCAAAACAAACUUUCGACGGAAGAGGAACACGACGAUUCAAAGGACGAGCGAAAAAAAAUAGUGGCCCGAACAAGGUCAGGCCGACUGUCCCGACCGCCUCGCCACAUGGUACGUGAUUACAAGCAUCUGCAUCACUUAGACUUUACACAGCCAGACUUGGAUGAUUCUGACGGAGGUUAUAGCGAUUACAAUACAAAUGGAAGUGGUAAAACCGAGGAAGAAGAUGGCAGUCAGAGAACAGAAUUGUUGGCCGGUCUUGAGAUGCCCAAACGAAAGAUUUCCGACCAUUUUAGGUGCCCUACGUGCAACAAAAUUUAUCUGGGCAGGACGCGCAUGUCCAGGCACUUUGAAAUGCACCCCGAUCACGGGAGUCCGGAUCAGUUGCCACCGCCUACUCCCGAUCCUGAGUUGAAGACACCUGCAUUGGAUACACUCAAACGAAAAGGCAAAAAGCGGGGGCCUUGGGCUUACGUGACACCCGAAGCGAAAUCCGAGCGUCGUCAACAAAAACUACAAGAAGCAAUUUCGGUAUGUGAAGGAUCAGAAAUAGUGAAAAUUGCAGGCAAACCAGUGGCUAACUCACUCUCGCUCUAUGAUUUACUUCUCCUCAAAUCCGAUAACAAUGUCCAUACGUUCUUGUCCGAGAUCAAAGAGUUUAUCGAUAGGAUACGUGAAAAGUCGAGAAGUAUUUUCUCUCCUGCCAAUCACGAGAGCACUUUGACCAAUGACGUGAUAGAUCUCAGCGAAGAUGCACUCUGCGAAACUCUGAACAUGAGAUCUGGAUUUUACCAAGUUAACGAAACAUUGUCAUUUGAAGAAUCAGAGACCAAUGUUGGUGAAACUUUUGACAUUGAUAAUGGUAUGGAGCCACCACUUAAAAGACAAAAGACUGAUGAUAUUUUGGAAGAAGGUAAAGAAAAUAUAGAAGAAAGGUUAUCGAGUGGUUUCUCAGAAAGCUCAGAUCUUAGCGUGUCGGAGUUCCUUAAUGAUCGUCGAAACGAUCCAUCUGCUAACUGUCCAGAAGUAUUGAGCGCUCUAACUCUCGUACCAAGAAAUAAUUGUUCGAAUUCACUUAACGAUGUAACGAAGGUGAAUAACGUAUCGAAGGUCUUGAACAGCGGCGCUGAGGUUCAGACAACAGACAAUCCUGGAUUCCAAAAAUUGAGUAUCAACGUUGCAUCAAACAAUAGCUCAAGCUUCUUAAAAGAAGGCGAGUUUACAAAGUUAGGGGAUAGUUUAGAUUCCAGUUGCACCGACGUGUUCACGAAACUCAAUGGCAGCUACGAGCAAGCAAAAAUGGAUAAUAUGCAGAACACGUUUAUCAAAUUAGAGCCAACAGAAGAUGGGUUUAUCAAGUUGGGCAAUGGUAUGCUCAACUCUUUCCAUCAAGAGAUGGAAGAUUUUGGAAAGAUACAGAGUAAUGGUUUCCACUUUAUAUCUGCUAGUUCUACCGAUAGUUUCAAUGAAGGAUUCAGAAAGUUAAUCCCAAAAAAAAUGGAUUCUAACGAAGAAGAGCUUAAAUCUGAUGACAGUAAUCAUCACGAGAAUACUAUUCAGAUAACGACAAACUGCAGCAACCAUAGUCCGGAUUCAAAUAUUUUCGAUGGCUCACAUAAUUUGGAUAUAUCGAAAAUGGAAAAUUACGACCACAUCACACACUUGGACAUUCUGAACAGUAGUUCUGGCAUUGAUAAGAAUCUCAUGAUCGAUGAGAAACUUGUUGAACACUUACAUCUUGUUGACAGUUCUAAUAUCGAUGAUAUUGUCUCGGAAAGAUUAAAGAGUAUUUUACCGGAGAAUUUACUUGAAAGUAAUUUGUUAAAUGGCAAUAGUCAUCUGGAUGCUGAUCUUGACUUUGACGAGUUGAGCGAAGAAUUCAAUAGAAACACUAGGAGUUGAUA